UCAAAGUUGUAGAAAAAAUUAUUAUUUAUAUCAAACUCCAUUAUUUUCUUAUUUGGUAACAAAUGCUAAAAAGUCUACGACAUUUUGGCUUGAGAAAGCUUUAGAAUUUAUGAAACAAAAAAAUAUGAAUUAUUUACCUGAAAUUCAAAUAGACGGCCUAAUAUGUCAUUUGCAGGAUAAUCAUUCGCUGUGUUGGCCUGAAGUCUGUUGGAUAAAAGAUAAUCAAGAAUUAAAAAAAAUUUUUAGAUUACCGAUUGGCCAAAGAUUAGUAACUACUUAUCGCACUUCAAUAAAUGAGGCAUUUAAUAGAGUUAAAUUAGUCUACCUUGAUAAGAAAAUAGACUUUUGGAAAUCAUUUAGUGGACAGCAUGCCUUAGCAGUUAUUCACCAUAAUGAUGGCUAUGCUAGAGUUUUGGAAACUAUUCGAUAUGGAUAUACUUAUGAACCUUUUACAAUACAGGAUAAAAUUAAUAUCAAAAAAAUGGAAAGUAUUCGAUAUGAUCAGCAAGUUCGCAAUGUAAAAAAUAUUUACUUACGUAAUACUGAACGUGCUGAAAUUUAUUCGAAUAAAAAAAAAGAAUUACAAGAAUUUGAUUUUGCUCAGACAUAUUUGACAAACUUUGGAGUUUCUAGUACAGCCUUAUAUGCUUCCAUGAUGGAAACAGCUAUACAUGAAGAAAAAAUUUUUGAAGAAAUUGCAAUAGGAGGAGCCUGGGGAAGAUUAGGAUUUCUUAAAAAACGAUAUCCGACUGUACCUUUAUUGUUGUUAACUGCGACUGUGUCAAGUGCACAUAUUGAAGCUAUUCGUAAAACCCUAAAUCUUGAACAAUCUAAUUUUGAAAUAAUUCAUA